AUGCCUCGAUCGCGUAAAGCGCCAAAAUCAAGUCCUCUUUCUUCGCCAUCAAGUGUCAAAGUGUCUGCCACCGCAAAACCUUUGGUGGAUAUUUCCGAGAACGAACAAUGGCGACUGAUAAACCAGACUGGGAUUCUGCAAUCUUCUGCUCUGAAUAAACCACGCAAUGAGGAUGUAACAGAUUCUCCGGAAGUUGGUCCUCUGGCUGACGAAAUCUUCAAUGCUCUCUUCCUGAUAAUUCCUUUCUCUUCAUUGCUAUUAUUGAUGGAGAUUAUGGAAAACCCGCCUCCUUAG